AUCAGUUCCUGUGAGAGGCGAGAGGUCUUCCGGUGCAUGAGGAGAGAAGACAGACCUGCCAAAACGCAUAUUAAUUUAUUUACCAGCAAUUUAGCGUGCUGCCGAAAAACAAGCUCUUCUAAUUCAAGCUCUUUUCCAGUGAUUUGACAUGGCCGAGCCACACAGCCCAGUGUCCGCUUCUGUACCCCACAAUCCGAUGGUGCUGCCCACCCCUGAGGGCUCUACUCUUGAGAUGGACCCGAUGGAGUACACCCUCCGCAAGCGUCUGCCCCGCAAACUGCCCAAACGACGGAACGACGUCUACGUCAAUAUGAAAACAGACUUCAAGGCCCAGCUGGCGAGAUGUCAGAAACUUCUGGACGCUCAUAGGGAAAUCUGCAUCCACGGUCUGGGACUGGCCAUCAACCGGGCCAUUAACAUUGCCCUACAGCUUCAGACGUCCAGCCAGGGUGCGCUGCAGCUGGCGGCCAACACAUCCACCGUAGAGCUCAUCGACGAUCUGGAGCCCGAGGAUCCAGAUGAAGCUGGAGAGCCACUCACACGUACCCGUAAUAACUCGGCCAUCCACAUCAAGGUGUUUUAUCCCAACCCGUAGAGCCAAUAUCCGUAUCAACACAAUAAAUGUGAACUUAAAAGACUUCAUAAACAUUCAUGUUAAGUUGUGCAAGUUUUGGUCUGGUUCAGACUAAAGCUAAAACUCUCAAGCCUUGCAUUGAGUUUGCUUAUGAAAUUUAUUGCUGUGGUGUACCAAGAAGUAAAAAGAAAAUGUGCCAUAUCAUAUGUUUCCAUUUUCAGAAACGGUAGUUUUUUUGUGUGUGUGUGUAUAUGUAUAUACUAAAAAUCAUGCAGCAUUUGUGCUGGCAAGUAAAAAGACAUCAUUGGA